AUGACUGAACUCUGGAGGGAAGCAAAGAAGUAUCCUCUAUACUCACGCCUCUCUGAUUCAUCAUCCUACAUCUUCAUAUCGGUGACUCAGGAUGCAGAACGGGAAGAGUUCUACGAUGAGACACGCCGAUUAUGUGACCUCCAUCUCUUUCAACCUUUCCUCAAGGUCAUCGAACCAGAGGGGAACAAAGAGGAAAAAAUGAUUAAUUAUGAUAUAGGUGGACCUCUCACAUAUUUUUCAGUUGGUGUGGCUUUGGGAUUGCCGGUACAUGAGUUUGAUGAAAUGAAUGACCCAGAAGUACAGGACUUCAGGCGGAACAUUGUAGAGGUUCUUCAGGAAACAGUUGAGGAACGGGAACAAGAAGAGGAGGAUAAAUAUCCAAAGGAUCUCCUCUACAUGUACCCACCAGAAGUGGAAGCAAGCCCUGAACUCCCACAUGAGAUUGAUACAAAGCUGGAGAAGGGGAUGCUUGUGGUUUGCAUCUGGGUGAAAGCAAAUGGUGGAGAGAAGCAGAAGUUCUCUGUCCUUGUGCCAAAAGAUGCGUUCCCAAAGGCUGUCAUUGCAGAGGCCAGUAUCAAGAAAACAAGGAGCAUGCGAAUGACCAUUGAUCAACAGCAACAAUGUGUAUCUGAGUACCAAAACAAUUACCUUCUCAAAGUCUGUGGCUGUAAUGAGUACUUCCUGAAAAAUUUUCCCAUCUGUCAGUACAAGUUUUGCCUCCAUUUCUCUCCUGGCUGGGGACCAAAGCCUCUUUCAAUGAAUGCUUCCAUGCAGUACAUAAGGCGCUGUGUGACUCGAGGAGAGGUCCCCCAGUUGUUUCUGAUGCCAAAGAGUGAAAUCUAUAAGGAUCUCCUGCAUUUAUCAUUCCACAUUCCUGCAUACAUGCGGCGCUUUCCUAGCCCGCCAAGUAGCUCUACCAUCCUUUUGUGGAAUAUCAACUCCAUGUUCCGGGUGCAGGUACUCCUUGCCACAUAUGUAAAUGUCAAGGACAUCGAUGAGAUAUAUGUGAGGACUGGAAUCCAUCAUGGGGCUGAGCCAGUGUGUCCUGCCAAGGACACCUCUUGUGUUGUGUUCUCCAAGCCUCACUGGGGAGAAUGGAUCGAAUUUGAUCUCUAUGUACCUGAUAUACCACGCAGUGCCAAGCUGUGCGUCUCCAUCUGUUCUGAGCACUGCAUGAUAGCAUGGGGGAACGUCAAUCUCUUCAAUUAUCGGAACCACCUGUUAUCAGGAAAGGUCUUCCUAAACUUAUGGCCAUGUCCAAAGGGUCUUGAUGAACUUCUCAAUCCUCUUGGUACCAUAGGUUCAAACCCUAAUAAGGAAUCUCCUUGCUUGGAGCUAGAGUUUGAGCAUUAUCCAAAUCCAGUGGCUUUCCCUGACAUGAAUCUGAUUGAGGAAUAUGCUCGAGUGGUGGCUAAGAGGGAAAGAGACAAGAUGCAAAAGGUGACACAGGGAGAGAUUGAGCUGAUCAUGGACAUUACAAAACGUGAUCCACUUUCUGAGAUCUCUGAGCAAGAGAAGGAAAUGCUGUGGCGGUUGCGUCGAGACUGUCGACUUGUGCCUGAUUCACUGCCUAGACUUCUGGAUGCAGUCAAAUGGAAUUCCAGGGAUGAAGUCUCUCAGUUGUACAUGCUUCUGAAAGACUGGCCUCAGGUUUCACCUGAGACAGCCUUGGAGCUCCUGGACUGUAAAUACCCUGAUCUCACAGUACGGAGCUUUGCUGUUGGCUGGUUGAAUCGUACCCUCUCCAACGACAAGCUCUUUCAGUAUUUGUUGCAGCUUGUCCAGACUCUGAAGUAUGAAUUAUACAUUGACAACCCCUUAAGUCGUUUCCUCUUGGAGAGAGCUCUUCUAAAUCGCAAGAUUGGACAAUUCUUUUUUUGGCAUCUCAAGUCAGAGAUGUCUAACUCCCUGUUUACGGUACGAUUUGGGCUGGUCCUGGAAGCUUUUUGUCGAGGUUUGUGCUCCCACCUGAAGGGACUGAUCCGGCAAGUGGAAGCCAUGGACAAGCUCACCCUCUUAACUGAUAGCCUGAAAGAAAAGAGGAAUGAAACAUACAAGGACCGGAACAAGUUCUUCAAGGAACAGAUCCAACAGAGUGAUUAUAUGGAGGCCCUGCAGAAUUUCUCUUCACCUGUGAAUGCAGCUCAGUACCUGGGCCAGUUGCAAGUGGAACCAUGUCGGAUUCUGGACUCUGCCAAGAAACCCCUUUGGCUUGUUUGGGAAAACCCAGAUCCCAUGGCUGAGCUUUUUUUCACUGACCAUGCCAUCAUCUUCAAGAGUGGAGAUGACUUGAGACAAGACAUGCUGACACUCCAAACAGUCUAUGAGAUCCAACGGAGAGCUGGAAGACUGGCUGCCUUGCAGGUCAAUUCCUCCACUCUUCACAAAUGGAUCAAAGAAAAAAAUAAGGACAGAUAUGACCAAGCGAUUGAGACUUUCACACAUUCCUGUGCUGGGUAUUGUGUGGCCACCUUCAUUCUUGGCAUUGGGGAUCGUAAUCCUGACAACAUCAUGGUCAAUGAGGAUGGACAGAUCUUCCACAUAGACUUUGGUCAUUUUCUGGGCCACUUCAAGAAGAAGUUUGGCAUUAACAGAGAAAGGGUGCCUUUCGUCCUCACUGAUGACUUCCUCCGUGUCAUUGCCAAAGGUGCUGACAAUCCUGAACUCAGCCCAGAGUUCGAGCAAUUCCAGGAACUGUGUGGCAGGGCUUACUUGGUGCUGCGUCGACAUAGCAAUCUUCUCAUCACUCUCUUCACCAUGAUGCUUUCCAGUGAUAUACCUGAACUUCAGUCAAUAGAUGACAUUGGGUACCUCAGGAAGACACUGGCUGUGGAGAAAACUGAAGAAGAGGCCCUCAAAUACUUCCAGAAUCAGUUUCAUGAUGCAUAUGGAGGUGGAUGGUCUACUAAACUUGACUGGUUCUUCCAUUGGGUCAAUCAUAUGUGAUUGAACUCUUGGGUCAGCAUCUUGCUGAUAAAACCAAAGAUUUUGAUCUCCAUUGAGAUCAGAUGUCAGUUUGAUCUGUGGUUCCUUGGUCUAUGAGUGAAUAGGUGGUGACAUUAGAGGAAGGACAAGCUCUAGGCUCAGGACAUCAGGAUGCAGCUCUUUCCAAUGCUCAGGUGAUACGAGGUUCCUCCACAGUAACCAGCAUUACCCCAGAUUACUAUUAUUUUUUUGAAGUGCUAUUGUUGCAGAUUCUGAUGUGCUAGAAUCCUCUUGCAAUAGUGUUUGCCAGAUUAGCUGAUUUAUUUAUUAGCUUCAACUGAGCAUAUGAAUGACUUUGCCAGGACAGCUGAUAUUCCCACAAGAAGGAAUCAGAUACACUUGUUGAUAAAUAUCCCUUUUCCUUUGAUGGCAUGUUAUAAAUUAUGUAACGAACAUUUGCCCCCAAAACUGUCUGUUGCCUCAGAAAAAAAGUAAAUGUUUCAAAACAAAACUGCAAAUGUACUACACCAUAAAUGUAGCAAUUUUUUGUCUUGAGUUGCAUAUUCAAGCUGUUCUCUCUUUGACUGGCACUUGGAAAUCUUGUAUACUUAGAGCACUGAGUGAUGCUUGCGGAAUUUGAAGCUGCAUUGGCAAGGUCACACCUCUUUAAUAUGUAACUUGAGAUGACAAGAAGGUGAUGAAUUCCAUUGUGAAAACGAAGAGUGGAUCCUGCAAUAUAGCAAACUUAAGGAUAGUGGAGGGGCAAAUUGAUCUUUUCUGACAUUUUCCUCGUAUACUGUGACCACAGCAGGACUUAUGAUUCUUACAAAGUGUAGUACUUGAGAUUGGCAAUAUUGGAAAGCUGGUACAGGUGUUCAUGGAUCAUGAGAAAUAUAUUUCUCAAAUUUUCAAUCCUCAAUCUAGGAAGCAUAGAUGUCCACUCAGCAAUGGAAAGUGGAUGUCAGAGGACUAGCCAAUGUUAAUGGCCAUUUUUUCUUCCUUAUCAGUUUUUCUUUCAUUGGAGGAUAGAGAAUAUAACUAGAGGUAAGACUCCACCCAAAUCUCAUUCAUCGAUAAAUCCUCUUUGGCCAAGCAGUGGACUCCAUGAGACACUUGUUUCUGUCAAGGGAUUUCCCAUGGAAUGUGAAUCCCUGAAUGAGUUUAAUCCCUAUUCUACUGUCGUAAAUCAUGCCUAAUGAAAGUAUUAUUGGCUGGGGGCCACUAAAUGCCUCAGUAAUAUUUAGACCCCCCCCCCCUACCCCUUUAGUGUCACCUCUAGUUGAAUGUCUACUUCUGCUUUGUAUGCCAUUUCCAAGCUCAUAUGCCUUCAAAGAAAGUUCAUCAAAGCUCCAGCAUAAUAAACUAGCAUAUCCAAUAUUGAAAACUUGAUAAGAGUCAACUUGGCCUGAAAAUGGAAUAUCACUCAGGAGAUUUACUGCUCUAGGUAUAUAUGAUUUCAUGAUCUCUAUAGUCAGGUACAUUGAAAGUUCAGAAAGUUAUAAUCCUUUCCUGGUUAGAGCUGGCUACAGUACUAUUUCAUCAAAGACUGUCUUAGAAAAUAUCAGCCAGAGACUCUACUUAAUUAUAAUUAACAAAAAUAGGAAACUGAAUUUAAGGUUAAGUUGAAUGCAAUCACAUGUGCCUGUGACAACAGAGUUGUAUGACAGAGUGCAACUUGCGUGAAAUGAAGGUUCAUUAUACUGAAAGAUAUUGUAUAGGGUGUCCCAAAAAAAGCUGUCAUAUAAUAGCUUGUGACUAACCCAUCUUAUUUUCAUGAGGGUUUUUUCCUGUUCCAGAUGCAAGCAGCAAUAUUUCUGUUAACUAACAAUAGAAAAGCAGCAGUAUUGACACAUAUCAUGGGAUCAAAAUGAAUUGUGCCACAGUGAUCUUUUACUCUGAGCUGAUGUAAUGGCUUUUCAGAAGACAGUUCUAGAGGAACCAGUACUCCUAGAACAAUGAUGGAAUUUGAAGGGAUAGUGGAAUAAGAUCCCAUAGCCUUUAAUUUAUUUUGAAACUAAAACAGAUGGUGCUGCAGAGAGGCCUUAAUCCAUCUUUAUUCAAGGAUCAUAGGGUUUUCCAGAAUUGAUUUCUGCAGAGCCAUCUCAGCAACUUGAUCAAAUAAGGCUUUGCUCCUGCACAGUUCAUAUUGGUCCCAUAAUAAGAUUCACUGCUAUUGCUCUUUCUUGAUUGAUUGACUUUGCUGAUUACAUCAAGAACAGAUAAUGAUGCAUGUGAUUAUCAAAUGAAACUCUUUGAAGCAAUUAAAGGGCAUUGAUUUUGGGACACAACUUGUAAAACAAUUUGUAGCUGGAAGUGAGUGGGGAAGAAAAAUUGUCUUAGAUUCUGUCUCUUGUGCCAAUUGUACAGAUGAGGACUUGCUAUCUUCUUAGCUGAAUUUUUUUUAAACUUAAAAACUACUUUCAACAUCUGACUCCUGUUCUUGUGACCAUCUGGAAUUUUGAAUAAUAUAUUGCAAGGAGAGAAACUUGUGAUGAUGCCUUAUAUAAUGAUGGCAUUCUGUGAUGGACAUCCUUUUAGCCCUGCUAUAAUUUUCUUUCAUUUGCUGGCUUUUGUUCUGCAAGGGAAGAUCUCCAAGUCUGUGUAUUUGUCUUGAAAGAUCUGAUGGAAUAUUAUGAAGCCCCUUGAUUGUCUUGAAAUUGCCUCUUUGCUUUUCUGACAUUGCCUUCUGUAAAUCUACAGCUCACCUUUGGGUCUUAAUGGAGUUGGUUCUCAUGAAAUGGUCC